AUCGAAACGCUUUGACCUCGCUGUCAGGAUGCCAUGCCACAAUCAGCAGCUGAACAGUGUCAACAGUGGCCAGGAGCACCCGAUGAAGCAGGUUCGGUUUGCGAACAGCAGCAGCAGUGUGCCUGCGGUGCUGAACAGCUCUGAACCGACUGAUGUCCCCACGCAGCCGGUCAGCCCGGACAGCCUGGGUCCUCAGCUGAAGCUGCUCCCUCUGAACGACCAGAUCCGAGAGUUGCAGACAAUAAUCAGAGACAAAACCACCAGCAGAGGAGAUUUUGUUUUCUGUGCGGACCGACUGAUCAGACUAGUAGUUGAAGAAGGCUUGAACCAGCUUCCCUUCUCAGAGUGCACUGUCACCACUCCCACAGGGUACAAGUAUGAGGGAGUCAAGUUUGAAAGAGGCAACUGUGGAGUCAGCAUCAUGAGGAGUGGUGAAGCCAUGGAGCAGGGCCUCCGGGACUGCUGCCGCUCAAUCCGGAUCGGAAAGAUCCUCAUCCAGAGCGACGAGGAGACCCAGAAAGCAAAGGUCUACUACGCAAAGUUUCCCCCAGAUGUGUACAGAAGAAAAGUGCUGCUCAUGUACCCCAUCCUCAGUACAGGGAACACGGUGAUCGAGGCCGUCAGGGUGCUGAUAGAACACGGAGUCCAACCCAAGCACAUUAUUCUCCUCAGCCUCUUCUCCACACCUCAUGGAGCCAAGUCCAUAAUCCAGGAGUUUCCAGACAUCACCAUCCUGACCACAGAGGUUCACCCAGUGGCGCCAACACAUUUUGGACAGAGAUACUUUGGUACUGACUAAAACAGGACAAAAAGCUUUUGGUUUAUUUUCUGCAGGCUUUGUCUCUGUAUUUCAUGGUGUCCUUGUGAACCGCAGUACUAUUUACUCAAGUUUUUGAACUGACACCUAAUGAUUGACCCCAUUACUUGUAUUUAUUGCUUUUUACUUUUUUUGCUUUCUAUGCUCAGACUGUAGAAAGAAAACCACAAAGAUUAAAACAUGGAUCAUUUUAUUUUGCAUUGUAUGAAGAGAUGAAUCAAUAAAGAAUUUAUAUUUGUUUACAGACAGAACA